GAACAACAUAAACCACCUCUUUCUUCUUUGUUAUUCUCAAAAUAAUACAAUGGCUGGUUGUUCAAUAGUUUCCUCUGCUUCUAUCUUCACCUUGUUUCUUCUCUUUGGAUUCUCCUCAGCUAAGGAGCACUUGGUUGGUGGCAAGAUUGAUGCUUGGAAGAUUCCAUCCUCUGAAGCCAACUCUCUCAACAAAUGGGCUGAAAGAUCUCGUUUCCAAGUUGGCGAUCAUCUUGUGUGGAAAUACGAUGGCAGAAAAGACUCGGUUUUGGAAGUGGACAAAGAAGACUAUGGUAACUGCAGCACCUCAAACCCAAUGAAGGAGUACAAUGAUGGCAUCACUAAGGUGGAGCUUGACCGUCCAGGCGCAUUCUACUUCAUCAGUGGGGCAAAGGGUCACUGCAAGAAAGGCCAGAAGCUCGUUGUCGUCGUUAUGUCUCCGAGGGGAGGAAGAUGGUCUGCUGGUUUCUCUCCAGCGCCUUCUCCGGCACCAUCAGGAGAGUUUGAAGGUCCAGCUGUUGCUCCGAGUAGUGAUGCCACGGUUUUGAAGAGUGGCCUUGUGAUGGCUCUGGGAGUGGUGGCUAUGAGUAUGGGCUGUUUUCUGAUGUGAAUGUGAAUGAAUUACCCUCCAAUUUUGCAUUUUAUACAAGUCAAUAGGUUUCUGUGAGAGUGUGCGUCACAGUGAGAUUACUGUGAUUUCUUAUUCUUUCUAGUUUUGUUAUAAUUUAUCAUAUGAUUCUUUUUAUAAGAAAUUUACCUGAUGCGCAUAUUCUUUCAAA